GUCAUGACAACAAAGAAAAAUGGCUUGCGAAGUGAAAAGUUUCGGGAAUAUUUUAGAUUUUCGAAAGGUACAAGAAUACUUUGGACUAGGUCAUGAUGAUAACUGGCUCAACGCCAUCAACUAUGCGAUGUCGCCAACUGGAGAGACAAUUGCCUUGGCACAAGGUGAAAAAUUGGCCUUUCUGUCCACUUGCUGGGACAGUCGAACCAACGAAAACACAUACGCGAUGAGCUGGUGUGGCGAACUGGAGAACGCCAACCAGAUUGUGACUAGUCUCAUGUGCCUGCCCAUGACGCAUGUUGUGCGUUCAACGGAUGUGGACUGGACUUGUGUGGCAGUUGGCUUGACCUCGGGAAUGGUGCUAUUUUAUACGGAUGCUGGUGUCAAACUCUUCUCACAGUGUUGCCAGGAGGAUCCCGUGCUGGGCAUCAAACUAUUGUCGCCGCCACGACAUUCCGAAGUUGAUGCUCUGUUCUACAUCAUCUACAGCAACUGCAUGUGCUUCAUCAACGGGCAGGACAUUCUGCCCAUACUAGCCAACUGUCGUCACAAUAUGCAGCGUGGUGCCUUGGAACGCAGCGGUUAUCCAACAGCCGACGUGGUGCCAUUCCAGAAGUUCAAGUUCAAGCGACAACGCGAGAGUAUUAUCAAUGAUGCAGCCAUUGUCACAAAUCAGCGCACGCCAAGCUACGAUUAUAUUGUACAACAAAGUAUUGCCCAUGGUUAUUUUGCCAAAGUUCAGGCGACGCCGGCGAGGAGUUCCCAAGUGCUGGCUGCUGGUGCGGAACCCUAUUUGGGUUUCUUUCAGGCCGAAGAAGGCUACAAGACGGUGUCGAUAAAGGAGGUGGCCAAAGAUGUGAUUGGAAUGGCAUACAAGAAUCUACUUGGAGGCUGGUUUCGUCGUCCGCCGGAGGAACAGGUGCCCGAACAGAUGCCGCUGCCCAUCAAGGAGGCGCCUAUGCGCACCCGCUGUCGCCUCUACGAUGGCAAACGCGAUGGCCUGAAUUUGAUAAUAGCUCCAGGUGGAAAGCUAGCAGCCGUCACGGAUAAUCUGGAUCGUGUAAUGCUGGUGGACACGCAACAGGCCAUUAUUUUGCGCGUGUGGAAGGGCUACAGGGAUGCACAAUGCGCCUUUGUGCCCAUUAAGGAGAGAUCUGUGCGUGGCAUUAAGACGAAUAAGCGUAAGGCGCUCUUCCUGGUUAUCUAUGCGCCGCGACUCGGCUGCCUGGACAUUUGGGCACUGCAGAAUGGACCCAAAGUAGCCGCCUUUACGGUCUGCAAGGGCGGUCAGCUGGUCUACAACAAUCAUAGUCCAAUGGGCACUCCUGGUGGUCAGUCCAGGAAAUCGCCGUCCAUUAAUCAUUGCCUGUUUCUCGAUCCCACCGAUGGCAGCUUGAAGGAGGUGCUCAUUCCGUUCCACUACGCGCUAAGCGAGACAAAUUCGCAAACAUCCCGAGACAUUGAAAUGCUGCGACAGCUGCGCAAUCAACUGAGAUCCCUGGCACAUGCUGGCGAGGAUCGUCAGCAGCAAAUCAAAUCAAUUUCCCAGCUGGCAGGGAAGCUGGAAACGUUGGAGGUGCGCCAACAGUGCCUGGAGAUGUUGCUGAAGAGCAAACGAUUGCAGCCGGAAUUGUUCCAAGGCAUUGUCAAUGCGUUUGCCCAGGACAAGGAUCUGCAGUCGCCGGACGAAGCUGCCCAAGAAUUUCUGCAUCAAGUAGAAAAUUACAAGCGUUUGACCGAUCUCUACCUGACAUUGGGAAGAUUCCAACAGGACAAGAGUGAUGAUUUGCGGACACCCAUGGAACCCUUAGAACUAUCCGAUGCGGAUCUAGUGACCAUUAAUCAGCUUGUGAUACUGUUAGAUAAUGGCUCUGAAAAGCCAACGCCGCCUCGUGAAGUCAGCUUCCAAUUGCAGAGCACGCACAGCGUUGAGGAGUUUGUGGAUUAUCUGAGCAUCUUUAACAUUGAGACGCCCAACUGUGUGACAUUGCUGCCGAAGAAGAUCGACAAAUAUGGCAGCGUGAGCAAUGAUCUCUUCGGGCAUUUCUUUGCCCGGGGACUUUCCUUUGAGCAGUUCAAACUGUGGGCUGCACAGGCCAACAUACCCAGCAAGGAUCUGCUGACGCUGGUCAUUUACUUUUGGCUGGAUAAGCCAUUUAAGUAUGCCAACUGUGAUGAAGUUGUGGAGAACAUGUCUCGCAUUGCGGCAAUGGUGCGCGCGAUUUGUGAGCUGGAAGGUGAGCAUAUACAUGAUUAUGCCUACAAUGCCAUCUCUCCCUGGUGGCAGCAGGUGCGCGAGUUGCUGCUGGAGAGCAAACAGUUCUCCGGAUUGUUGGUGGCCAUUGUCUGCAAGACAGUGGCCACACAACUUUGGCGCAAUCGACGCGAUGGCUCCUGCGAUGAGAGUGUCGACGAGGAGGAGCGCUGGGAGACCAUAUCACAUGACGAGGCACAGUGGGGACUGCUCACUGGCAAAAUGGAAGAUGUGGCCGUGCUAGGCGCCAUAUUAUCUCAACCAAAGAUGUGCCGUGAACCCGUUGGUCCGGAGUUGCCUUAUGAGUCGCCCGAUUGCAGCUUGAAGAACAUUCUCAGCAGCGGCAAGGGCAUUGUCUCCGAACUGACGGCCAAGUGGUUAAACAGCAGCCGUCUACAUCCCGCUCUGAUUGUGGAAAUAACGCCGCCAGAGAACGAAACGGAUGAAGAGCAGCCAGCUAAGACAAAAGCAAAGGUGAAAGUCCCAGAGCUGGCAAAGGAGGCGGAUCAGGAAAGUGAAACUGACGGGGAGACGCAGGAGCUGGAGCCGGGCAAACCUAGUGAGCCCCUGGAACCUGUGCUAGAACGCUUAGCUUUGUUGCGGGCACAUUUCCCCUUCAGUUUGGAGUCGGGAGUGCUCCUGAGUCUGAUGGCCUGGCAGCACAUGGUGCAUUGGAGCAAACAGUUGGCCUCGUUGCAUCACAUGCGUGCCGCAUUACUCUGCCUGGCGCAAUUCCGCCCUCCCGACUGGGCUCUUAAGCAUGGAAUCUGCUGCAUGAUGUGGCAGGCGACACUCAAGUAUCCUCUCCAGGCGGCGGCCAAGUUAAUGCAAAAGGUUGGCCGCCUGCCUGUUGACAAAAUGUGUCAACAGGAUCUGGACAUGUCCGCAGCCUUGGUGCCGGAAUUUCUCGAGCUUUGCCUGGAUUUUCUGCAACAUUUCACCAGCUCCUUGGAGCACGACAAGCGCGAGUUGCGUUUCGAGCAGGCGUUGAGUGAGGGACAACUUCCAGUGCAGUUCUUGGCAUUGCAGCAACAUAAUGCACUCCCUCAGCUCCUCCAGCUGCACACGCAACUCUGCACCGUCUUGCACUUUAUAGCAAUGUUUCAGUUGCGAGUGCCACGCCCAUUGACAACGUUAUUUGAUGCUUUGGCCAACAAGGCAUUUUUAACGGACAUCAAUAAGGAGCUGCCGUAUGCACUGCCUCCGCCGGAUCUGGUUUUGCAGGAGCAACGCACUCAGUUCCUCUGCAAUGCUGUGGCUGCCACCAUGGAUCUGAUACGCGAAGAUCUCGAACAGCUUUACAUUCUCGAUCAUGUAUUUUAUAUGGCCAAGAUUUGCGCUUUGGCCGAUAGCUGGCAACUGGACAAACUGCCUAUUCUACGAAAACAGGUGGUGGAGCUGUAUGCCUUUGGCUACGACGCUGAAGCACAGGUCCUGCUGCAUGACAUCAGCGAGGACGAGGAACUAGGUCGUCUGCUGCUAGAGAUUGCCGGCAGAAGGUUAAAUCUCUAUGCUGAAGGCUCCCAAACAGCAUUUCUAAAGGUUGCCUCGGUGGGUCACCAGUUGCUGGCGUAUCUGGACAAUUUGAAGGAGUCAGGAACUGGGCAAAGUAUUGCGAUAGCUGCCACGAAACCGGAGGAGAUUGAUGUAAUCGCCUUGGAUAAGCUACUCUCCCAUGCCUACAAGUGUCUGUCCCGGCGAGAGACAAGGCACCUGGUCACCGCAGCCCAGAUGUACAAUGCUGUGCGCAUGCUGCAGACUUAGAGGAUUCACUUUAAUUUCAUCCUUAGACUAACUGCAGUUUGACUUGUUGACCAAAACGAAAAUAAAUAAAUAAAUUGUUUAUGACUUGGAUUAAGACUCA